GUCUAAACAACCCAUGUAUUUGUCCAUCUCUUCUCAUUUGAAUGAGAAAAAGUUUUACUUAGAGGACUACCUAAGGAGAAAACUGAAAACCACCAUUCCCGAUUCCAACUAUGACAUGAUUUGUGUUGGGAUAACUUGUGGUUACUUGAUUUUUUUCGAGACGAGAACCUGUGAUUUUUGGCUUGUGAAUCCCUUCACAAGGAAAGAACUUCGUUUCCGAGGAUUCCCCUUUUAUAUCUAUCCUAUUCCAAAACAUAUCAGGUGUAUUCUUGUCUUUUCACCAUCAAUGUCCGGGUGGGUGCUUGUGGUAAUCGACCCCAUAUUUUCACGUAGAAUAGCUUUCUCUUUACCUGGUGAACAAGGUGGGUGGUAUUAUGUAAUAUCCAGUUGCAAUAUCCAUGAUUUACAUUUUUUCAAGGGAAAGAUAUAUACGAUAGACUGGGACAAUGAUUUAUGUGAACUGAGUCUUACUCCAGAGCCCACCUUGACCGUACUCGAAAUGAAGGAUUUUCCAUGGCUGUCACGCAAUAAUGUGCUGCAUUUUGUAAGUUCAAGUGACGACCUUUAUGUGGUGAAUGCAUCAGGAGAUGUGGUGAAUCCAUCAGUGCUGGAAUUUGUAAGUUCAACUGACAACCUUUAUGUGGUGAAUGCAUCAGGAGAUGUGAAUGAGUCUGUUGAAGUUGAUUUUGGGGAAAUGAAAUGGGUGGAUUCAAAAAGUACAAUAGGAGAGUAUACAGUUUUUUUAUGUAAUUUCAAGUCUGCUGCUGCUAUUAAACCAGAUACGUGGGCAUACCCUUGGACACAGUACGAGAGACUUAUGUACUCCAACAGGAACGGGCAAAGUAAGAAAAGCAGAACAUGUUUAAAGAAAAUGUGGUACUUCCCACACGAUUGCUUGAUUGGUAACGAGUCUGCCCAACAUUAUACCGUCUCUGAGCCACCCACCACCAGUGGGCUCGCAAGGCUGGAAGAUUGACAACAGCACAAAUCAAGUGGAAGUCGGGUGACAAGGGUUGUCCAUCUCAGUCAAGAUCAUGUCAAAGUUAGUCUGUAGAAGAGAACAAGUUUAUGUUUUCCAUGAUUUCUGUUACUGCAUGCAUGAAUUCGUAGAUGUUAGGGUGUAGUUAACUUUCUUUUUGUGUAUUUAAAUUAUGUACUGGAGAAAUUAAUCCGAAAACCCUCUCUUUCCCUUUGAAA